AUGAACUCCCUAUCCAAAUCACUUCCUCGCAUACCUGCCUCGAGCCGCUCCUUCACUACAUCUAUCCGUCGUCUCGCUCAAGAACCUGCUCCUGUCGACCCUCAAGCUGCCAAGGAAACAAAAGUCAGCGCCAACUACAGCAACCCUCAGAUCCGCAAGCCCCGCAGAGGUCCCUACGCAGACUCCCCCUUGCCAGUCUUCCCCCUCCUAGCCAUCUUCUUCACCGGCUCCUUCCUCUUCUAUCAAUUGUCAAAGUCCAGACAAGGCCAAGGCAAAUCUCACUACGUCCUGCCUCCUCGAGACAAGAAGCCGCCACCCGCCAAAGAGUUCAACUCCAACCUCCACUCCGAACAUUAA